AUGCCUCUUCCUCGAGAGGCAUUCAACCUGCCACCGCCAAAAAGGAUCCGACGGCAGUCGCCUACCCACCAAGGAGCUUUGUUCGCUGCAGGCGUCCCGCCAUCAGAUGCUGACAACUUUGCCUCGAUUCUGCCCUACUGGGCGCCUGCCGAGGACUCUUCCUUCGAGGGCGUGUACCAUGAACCUUCCAUCUACGGCGAGAACGCCUGGUCCCAGAGCCAUGGAGUGAAUGAGGUAGAACAGCGGCUCGGGAAGCCUUUGCCCAUCGGUGAUCCAUUUGCUUUCAAUAGCUUUCAGCCUGCCUCAUCACUUGCGCAGGCGUCUCCUGCCCCGGCAUUGAGCACAGUGUCCAGUAUUACAUACUCUUCCUCUUCCGUUGUCUCCCAGCCUUCAUCUGCUGGCUCUGGUGUAUCGCCCACACAGAUUGACUUUCCGUAUGAAUGGCCGACUACAAAGACUGCCUCGACAAACCAUUCCACGACUCGGCGUGCCGCUGAAAGGUCUACUGAUUCUACCGCCUCUACCGCCAGAGCUCAAAGCCGUUUUAUUUGCUUGGGCCACCAAUGUGACGAAACCUUUGACCAAGAACAAGACUUGGCCUUGCAUUUCAAGGCGGUCCACACUUACACCUGCAACUGGGGAGGCUGCGAACAACCCAGCUUUUCUUCAAAGGACGGCCUCACUUGGCACGUCAAACUGGAGCACCUCCUCGUCUGCCCAGCCCCUGGAUGCACCGAGAGCUCGUUCCAGACCAAACAGAUCCUCGAGAGUCAUUUAAGAUGUGCUCAUCCAGCUGCCGAGGGCAAUGACAAGGGGAAACCGAAGGUGCCACUUUCGGAGCCGAAGCCUCUCGCCCAUACCAUGGCUACGCCAUCCUCGUCUCGCGAUACAGGACCGAACCAGAAAGACAGCCUGGAAGAACGAGCUUUGAAACAGAUACUGUCCGUCGCGAUAUCAAAAAAGAAGUGUCGAGAAAAGCUGAGGGAUGUUUUUGAGAGGAGGUAUAGAAGAGAAAGAGCACACAAAGGGCAAACUCCUCUCGCAGCCGACAGCCCAAGCGACUUGUCCCGGUCUCUUUUGGCACAGUUACUCAACAACGCGAGUUUUCCUAUAGUGUGGGAGCAUGCAAUUCUACCAUUUCUCUCCGAGUUCAUCCCAAAAUGGUGUGGCCCCAAGCACGGCAUCGCCGCCCCUCGUGGUAGGACACCGGGCACGCGGCAAAUCCGCAUCAUGAUCGAAGGCGAUUUACCCUCGCGAGCUCGCAAGGUUAUUAUUGCAGCACACGUUAGAGACCUUCUACCCGAGAGUCAUCGAGACGGCGUCAAGUUCCUCUUCGUCAAGGGCUCCAUUGUCCCUUGUGUCUGGGCGAGAGGGUUGAGCAAGGAGAUGCCAGAUGAUAUCUGCAUGGCCAAGAACCCAUACUACUUCAAAGAUCCGUGCAUGGGCGACAGCAUUGGUAUCGAAGGCGGUGCAAAGUUCGAGGAAAGCACGUCAACAUUGGGGCCCUGUCUGCUCAUCGGUGGCGGCAGCUACUGGCUUGCCAACUUCCACCCCUUCGUGGAAGCAUACCAGAACUCAAAGUCGGUCAACGUUCAACACCCAUCCCCCAAUGACCGGACCCGUUGCAUAGAAGAAAGGCACGAUACGCUGCCUGAGACAGACUUUGCUCUAGGUAGCCUUACCGCCACAUCAGGACUCGACCUGAAGACGACUCGCAUUUCCCAUCAUCCCUACUGGGAAGACUGCGACAAGGAGCCCCCUCUUGUCGCGACUGAUUGGGCUCUCAUAGCCUCCAAGACAAGUCAAGCGAAUAUCCUCCGCCGAUUCCCCUCGGAGACCAUGCCUCUUCUCAAGGAGAUCCCAGUCAAAACAACAAGCGCUGUUGUGCCGGGGGCGUCAGUGAUAUCGACGGGUCGAACAUCUGGCCAGCAAAGGGGGGAGGUUUGUGACAUCCCAGAGUACAUCAGCGCCGAGAUGAACGGGACUGGCAGAGCCACGCGCGAGUGGUAUAUUGAAGAGCCGUGCCCCUACGACGAUGAAGAAGGGUGGAUCCGUGGAGGCAUAGGCGUGGAGGGCGACAGCGGCGCUGCCAUUGUCGACGCUGAGACUAAUGCCUUGGUCGGCCAGCUUUGGGGCCGCAACAAAUACUGGGGUAGUGGCCCUCGCCUGACGUAUUUCACCCCCAUCGGCGAUCUAUUUGACGAUAUUCAGGAGAAAUGUGGCGAGCAAGGUCGACCUCAGCUCCCGCAGUACCGGGAUGAAUCGGAAUGUUAUCCAGUCUACCCCACUUGUCGACAAUGCUACGAUCUACGAACCUACCUCGACAGCCGACGGAGUUCUCGCGAGUCACUCCAAUCCAUGAUCGGACGCCACGAAAGCGAUCACGGAGACUUAACCUCGAUCUGUGGAACAUCAGAGCUGGCGACACCGAAGGACCAUGCAUUCUGGGCGCGGGCCACUGGCGUCGAGGAAGUCGGUUCCUCAUUCACCAGCAUCAUGUCACCUUCCGCCGCUCACCCAUUCUCCUUCACGCCACAACCUGGGACCCCAGGUAUCGUAGAUAUCAAAAGCCCGUACGCCCUGACCCUGAGCGCAGAGGAUCUCUACGGAGACGACUUCACGGGGACAACAGAGCGCGGCUCCAGCAAGCGAGCAGCCGCAGUUCCGUUGGCACGAAGUUCAAGUCAUAAUACCAAGAGGCAAAGGUUGCAUUAA